CUCUCUCUCUCUCUCUCUCUCUCUCUCUCUCUCUCUCUCGAUGAAGAUAAAGUGUGACGUCUGCAACAAAGAGGAAGCGUCGGUGUUGUGCAUCGCCGACGAAGCCUCCCUCUGCUCGGUCUGCGAUCACAGAGUCCACCAUGCGAACAAGUUGGCCUCCAAACACCUUCGAUUCUCUCUGCUCGAGCCUUCUUCUUCUCCUCUCUGCGACAUCUGCCAGGAGAAGAGAGCGCUCUUGUUCUGUGUACAAGACAGGGCGAUUCUGUGCAAAGACUGCGACGCUCCGAUCCACGAGGCGAACGAACACACGAAGAAACACGACAGGUUCCUUCUUACAGGAGUUAAGCUCUCCGCAGAGUCAUGUCCGUAUAAGUGCACGUCUGAUUCUCCCUCUUCUCCUACAAAACAAGACUUGUCUGUUCCUGGUUCGUCGAUCUCGAAGCCUCUGAUCGAGAAACCUGCACCAGCACAACAUAGCAACUCCAAGAUCCAUUCUUCUUCUUCAGCCAAACCAAAGCCACGGGUAGAGAAAUCGGCGGCGGCGAGGAGCAAGAACUGCGGCGAUGAUGCGGCGGCGAAUCAAUCGGGAUGUACGAGCACUAUAUCGGAGUAUCUGAUUGAGAUGUUACCUGGAUGGCACGUAGAAGAUCUUCUUGAUUCCCCUGUUCCUCCAUUUGGAUUCUAUCAGAAUGAAGAUGGAGUGUCACCAUAUAUGGAGGCAGAAUUCAACAACAGCAGCAACAGCCACAUAAGCUUUGGGUCAUUUCCGUCAGAGAAUUUGGGAAUUAGGGUUCCUCAGAUUCCCCAAACACUCACUUCAUCAUACCCAAAUCAAUACCACUCUCAUGACCAAAACAGCAACUACACGCAGAUCGGGUCGUUCAAAGAAUCUGUCUGUUCUUAUGUCCCAACACCAAACAUGAAACAGCAGCAGGGACAGAACAAGAGAUGGCUUGAUGAUGGUGUCUUCACUGUCCCACAAAUCACUUCCCCUAUUCAUAACAACAAGAAAUCUAGAUCUUUCUGGUAGUUUUCCUCUUUUCCUCUUCUGGGUUUCUUUUUUUUUUUUGGUCAAAGACAAAGUUUCAAUCUUGGUGAUAGCCUUAGAGCUUUUGUCUCGAUGAAAAUUGUGGUUUGUCGUUUUUUUGUCAUGUUCUAAUGAAUCCUUCCAUCUUGAUCUCAACACUUCCAAUUU